UCCAGUCAGGCUAUUGCUGAGCUCAUUCGAGAGAUCGAGGGAGGAGAUGCUAGGUCUUGCAGUGGAGUGCAGGAGCGCAAGGUAAAUCCUCUGGGCAAGCCAAACAAACGAUUCCUUGGACGCACCAUUAACACUGCUCUGCGCCAUAACCAACGGGAAAGUGAGCGGACGCAGGCCGAAUGCCAGCGAAAGUUGAAGGAUUUGGAUAAAAGAUAUGAGAAAAGGAAGUCCAAUUACUAUUACAACAGAGAUGCGGGCAGAUAUCGGAGUAGGAGUUCAAGCCGGAGUCGAAGUCGAAGCCGUUCCAGGAAGGUGGAAAAGCGACGUAGCAGUAGCAGGAGAAGAAGGAGCAGCAGCAGUCGAAGUCCCAGUUACAGUCGAAGUCGUAAAAGCUCGCACAAGAAGAGAAAACAUCAAAGUAAACAUAAACGGAAGAAGAAAACCAAGCACAAGCGAAGAGCCCGCAGCAGCAGCAGCAGGAGCAGUAGUCCAGAGGAGAAACCAGUACCCACCGUAACAGAACUGUCAUCAUCAGAAUUGUUUUUCUACCAAUCCAGGCAAGUGGCCCUAGCCAUGGCGAUGUCAUAUGGCCAAGGAGCAAACGGCCCACAAGAGAACGGACGAAAAAUCAAGGAACGAGCGUCUUCUUCACUCAGUGAUAUAGCCAGAGAGCUGAUGUCUGAUGAUGAGCAGGGCAAUGUAGACUCCAGACUAAUGAACUCCCUAUCUAUAUCAUCAAACGAGAAUGGGCAGGAGCUGCUAACCAUCGAUGUUAGCUCGAGUUCGGGAAAAGAGGAAGAGUCAUCGGCGGAGAGCAGAGGUACAGAAAUUUCGAAUGCGGAAAAUGGCGCUGGCUGCUUCAUAGCUCUGGAUGAUAGUACAACCGAAUCGGAGUCCGGCCACAACAGUGAUAUAGAAAUAAUCGAAGAAUGCCAAGUAGAGCAAAACCAGGAACCUGAACGAAGGCAGCAACAAGUAGACGACUCACGUUCUGCCAUCGACUCCGUGGACCUGACCGAAGAUUAGUUUGUUAAUGUAUAAGUCUAAUGUUUAACUAAAAGAGGUGAGUUACUACCUAUGAGAGAAACACAAUCGCCUUUCCAUCUUAUUAAAGACUUUUUACUUGGAAGAUUCUAUGCAGAAAAUAUAUGUAGAUCUGAAUAGAUAGUUGAUUUUAGGACAAACAUUUUGUAUUUUCGAAUUAUUUAA